CGGUAUAUAACAGGGCCAGAUAAAGAAAAUAAAGAAAAUGUCUACACACUCCCGCUGGGUAAUCCUAGCCCUAGCAAGCGGCGCAUUCGCCGCCCUUAACGGCCUCUUCGCGAAACUGACAACCGAUACGCAAACAACCACCUUCUCGAAAUCUCUCCUCGCCUUCCUGAGUCUAACAGGCGAUCACCCGAUCCUGGAGAUGUUGGUUAGGGGUGUAUGAUUCUCUCCCGUCCCCUUCCGUCCCUUUAUCUAAGUAUUGGCCCCCUUGGGUUUCCGGGGUGGCGUUCAUUGUUUGACUGCUGCGUGUGUGUACUAAGUGUGGGAACAGGCUUGUCUGGGUCUAAAUGUCCUCUGUAAUGUGAUUAUGUGGGCUCUUUUUACGAGGGCCUUGACGGCUGCGCCGUCGACGGUGAAGGCGUCGAUUACGAAUACGGCAGCGAACUUCCUUGUUACGGCUAUGCUGGGCAUGUUGGUUUU